UCCAGAUUCAGAGGGGUCAUAUUUCCCCAGAAAAGCUAUCAGUGACAAAUUGGGUUGGCUCCUUCAGCCAUCAACACUUUUGGGUUCCCUUAUUUCAUAUCAACAUGACCCAAAGCUUCUUGCUUUUGUCACUUCUCUAUCAAACUCUGCACCCAAAGUUCUCAUCUUUGCGUUUCAAGAUGUCCAAUUUGUUCAAGUGGGUACCAGUUAUUGCUGUAUUUUGCGUUCUGGGUUCGAUCAACGCCUCCGCAUUUGGCUCUCCUGCUUCUUCGGAGACCACUAUGCAUACUAACAAUUGGGCUGUUCUUGUCUGCACCUCUCGCUUCUGGUUUAAUUAUCGACACAUGGCCAAUACUCUAUCCCUGUACAGGACGGUUAAGCGACUUGGAAUACCUGAUGAGAGGAUAAUACUCAUGCUGGCAGAUGACAUGGCCUGUAAUGCUAGAAACAAGUACCCUGCCCAAGUUUUUAAUAAUGAAAACCACAAACUUAACUUGUAUGGAGAUAAUGUUGAGGUAGAUUAUCGAGGUUAUGAAGUGACGGUUGAAAAUUUUUUACGUGUGUUGACUGGCCGCCACGAGACUGCUGUUCCAAGAUCUAAGCGUCUUUUAAGUGAUGAAGGAAGCCACAUUCUUUUGUAUAUGACUGGGCAUGGAGGAGAUCAGUUUUUGAAGUUUCAAGACUCAGAAGAGCUCCAAAGUCAUGAUUUAGCUGAUGCCGUGAAACAAAUGAAAGAAAAGCGCAGGUUCAAGGAGUUGUUGAUAAUGGUGGACACUUGCCAAGCUGCUACUCUCUUCUCUCAGCUUCAAUCACCUGGUGUUUUGGCUAUUGGAAGUAGCAUGAAAGGAGAAAAUUCAUACUCGCACCACUUGGACUCUGAUGUUGGUGUCUCUGUUGUGGAUCGUUUUACCUAUUACACCCUUGCAUUCUUUGAGAAGCUAAAUAUGUAUGACAAUGCUUCUGUGAGCAGUCUUUUUAAUUCAUAUGACCCGAGCUUGUUGAUGUCAACUGCCUAUUACCGAACAGAUCUGUACCAGCAUCGUCUUGAAGAGGUACCUGUGACAAACUUCUUUGGAUCAGUCAUGGAAACCAUACAUACUGAUUCAGCCUACAACGGCCUUCAAAGGAAAAGUUACAGCAGAGCUAAAAGCAAUACGCAUCAAUCAGUUAAUGGUGAUGAAAGAACUCUGGCUGAUUCAAAUGGUCAGAAUCAAUUCAGUGACCUGAAAAAAGAGGAUCAGCAAGGGGUUUUCAGACAUUUGUGGAACAUUUAUAAUGACAAGGUUGGAAAAAUUGAAGAUGCGGAUUCAUUUGUGCAGUAUGGUUUGCUAGCCAUGAUUCCACUGCUGCUACUUCCCACAUUGCUAACGCGGUGAAAGUUGGGGUGUAUUUGAUGCACUUACGGUUCCCACUUUGAGAAGUGAAAGAGAGUGAGAUAGAGUUUGUUGAUAAGUGAAAGGGUGGUUUAGCUUCUGUUAAUCUUUAGUCUGUUAACUUCAUUAGAUUCAAGCCAUCCAGCAAGGUGACUAGAUAAUGCCAAAACGAUGUUAAAGCUAGGAUAGGUCCAUGAGUUUGAUCCCUUUUUGACGUAACAUUGUGUUCUUAUUAACCGGUAGUAUGAUAUCUUUGUUGUGAAGCUCCAUGGAUCAAGACAGCUGGAUAUGUUAUACGGUUAUCCAGAAUACACUGGACACUGAAAGCUUGUUAGAUUGUACUACAAUUACUGUUGGCGAUUCUCAGAU